GCGGCAUUUCAGCAGGGAGAUUUACACCAGAAAUGACUGGAUUUGUGGGUGCAACAGGAAGAAUGUCCUUUUCUGCUUUCCUUGCAUACUUUUAGGCGGUAGAUGUUACAGAUUUAGUGCACCUGAGUGAAAAAAUUAAGAAGCAUGAAAACUCUGAAACACAUCUUCAUAAUUCGAUGGAAUUGGCUUUAUUGGGGACUGUUAACAUCAGAGCUCAGUUAGAUUCAGCUUAUUGGAGAAAUACAGCAUAAUGAUACUGUUACAAAAAACAGGAACUUCGAAAGAAAUACAAAACGAUCUACUGGAUUGUAUUCUUGAAGUUUGUCAUGAAGAAACAAUAAAACAGAUUAACAGAGCCUCGUAUUCGGCGAUAAUAGCAGAUGAAACAACGGACAUUUCGGGAAAAACCCAAUUGGUAACAAUUUUCAGAUACCUAUUUAACGGCGAACCAGUAGAACGUUUUUGGAAUUAUAUGAAUCCCGAAAAAUGUGACGCUGAUACUCUCACAAGACAUAUUUUGAGCGUCGUAGAUCCAUUAAUAGGAACUUUCCCUAACAAACUGAUUUCACAAAGCUAUGAUGGAGCCGCGGUAAUGAGCGAACAUAAUGCUGGAAUACAGGCAAAAAUUAAACAAAGAUACCCAGUUGCUCACUAUGUGCAUUGCUAUGCGCAUCAGUUAAACCUGAUUAUGUCCUAA